AUGGCCCGGGAGAAUGGCGAGAGCAGCUCCUCUUGGAAAAAGCAAGCUGAAGACAUCAAGAAAAUUUUCGAGUUCAAGGAGACCCUCGGAACUGGGGCCUUUUCUGAGGUGGUUUUAGCAGAAGAGAGGGCAACUGGAAAACUCUUUGCUGUCAAGUGUAUCCCUAAGAAGGCACUGAAGGGCAAAGAAAGCAGCAUAGAGAAUGAGAUCGCCGUUCUGAGAAAGAUUAAGCAUGAAAACAUCGUUGCCCUGGAAGACAUUUAUGAAAGCCCAAAUCACUUGUACUUGGUCAUGCAGCUUGUAUCUGGUGGAGAACUGUUUGAUCGGAUAGUGGAGAAGGGAUUUUACACAGAGAAAGAUGCCAGCACUCUGAUCCGCCAGGUCUUGGAUGCUGUGUAUUAUCUCCACAGGAUGGGCAUUGUCCACAGGGAUCUCAAGCCCGAAAAUCUGUUGUACUACAGUCAAGAUGAGGAGUCAAAAAUAAUGAUCAGUGACUUUGGAUUGUCAAAAAUGGAGGGUAAAGGAGAUGUGAUGUCCACAGCCUGUGGAACCCCAGGUUAUGUAGCUCCGGAGGUCCUCGCCCAGAAACCUUACAGCAAAGCUGUUGACUGCUGGUCCAUCGGGGUGAUUGCCUACAUCUUGCUCUGUGGCUACCCUCCUUUUUAUGAUGAAAAUGACUCCAAACUCUUUGAACAGAUCCUCAAGGCAGAAUAUGAAUUUGACUCCCCCUACUGGGAUGACAUCUCUGAUUCCGCUAAAGACUUCAUUCGGAAUCUGAUGGAGAAAGAUCCAAAUAAAAGAUACACGUGUGAGCAAGCAGCUCGGCACCCAUGGAUUGCUGGUGACACAGCCCUCAACAAAAACAUCCACGAGUCUGUCAGCGCCCAGAUCCGGAAGAACUUCGCAAAAAGCAAAUGGAGACAAGCCUUUAAUGCCACAGCUGUCGUGAGACACAUGAGGAAAUUACAUCUUGGCAGCAGCCUGGACAGUUCCAAUGCAAGUGUUUCGAGCAGCCUCAGUUUGGCCAGCCAAAAAGACUGCCUGGCAUCCGCCACCCUCUGUAGUUUCAUUUCCUCCUCGUCAGGGGUCUCAGGAGUUGGAGCUGAGCGGAGACCGAGGCCCACCACUGUGACGACAGUGCAUACUGGCAGCAAGUGACUGGCUCUGGAGGCAGGGCCCAGGGGGCGGGGCCUGGGGGUUGAGCCUCGGGAGGGGCUGGUGAAGGGGUGCCCCCAGGGUCGCCAAGAGCCCCUCCAGAGUGAUCUCACCUUGCAUGGUGCACCUUCCUGCACAGGACUGGAAGACAGAAGAUUUUUUAUGGCCAUAUUUUAUACUGCAAUUCUGAAGUGUUCAUUUCUCACAAACUGUACUGACUCAAGGGGAGCUGAUUUAAUAGGAUCUGGUGCUGUACAUAUGAAUCUUGCAAAGCUCUAACUGAACGGACCUUCUUAUUCCUCACCCCAACUCCCUAUCAUUUCCACUCUUCUCAAUGUAGGUCACCAUCUAUGUUGUAUUUUUUCAUUAAUGACAAAAAAAGGUUUCAACUGGAUUAUUUAACUAUUGGUAAAUAUUGUGCAUUAGGUUAUGUUUUUUUCUUUUAAGAAAUAUGUCCUUUCUAGUUACAUGACCUCUAUCUUCUGUUCUUCAGUAAGUAGAGAUUUAUGUUAACCCUUUAAAAGAUUUUUUUUUUUCCUC